UUUAAAAGGUAGAAAAAUCAAAGUGGCAAUUAGUGGAGCUUCACUUUAACACACGGUUUCCUAUAAUGUUUUGCUUUAAUUGCUUUAUGCAGUAUUCCUUUAUAUAUAAAAUUUAGAGAUAAUAUUUUUGUUCUCCCCGGGCGGUCCCCACCCCUCUAGAAAGGCAAGAAUUGAAAUUUGAAAGAAGAAGAAAGAAUGUUUGGUCUGGUUGAGAGAGAGAGAGAGAGAGGGAGAACUCCGAUCCUUGUCUUUCCCAACAGCACAACAGACCAAAGUUUGCUGGCUCAAGCUAAGUUGUGAUUCCAGGUACUGAUUAAUAUUCCUUGAUUCGUUUCCCAGAGCUAUUAUCUAGCGAUUCUUUUGAACCUAGCACUGAAGAUAGAGAGGAGGUAAUUAUAUAUAAUUUAUAGCAGUGAUGAUAAGCUCCAAUUCACUUCAACUACUGCCGGCGUUACUUUCUGUUCUAUUACUUUCUGUUAUAACCCAACCUUGUACAUUUGCUGCUGCUCCCGCUCCCCCGGCCCUUUUAAACCCAAGAGACAGAGCUUCUCUUUUGGAGUUCAAGUCUGGUCUUCAAGACCCGUUUCAAAGCUUGUCAAGCUGGGAUGAUGUUGUUGGUUCCACAUGGACCGGCCUUACCAUCUCCAACCUGACCGGCCGGCUCACCUCCCUCAACCUCACUUCCCUCAACUUGUCCGGCCAAAUUCACCCCUCUUUAUGCCACCUCCCCUUUCUUGAAACCCUCAUUUUAUCACGCAAUGCUUUCCAUGGCUCUCUUCCCUUUUGCUUCAAUCUUCUUCACAACCUUAAAACAUUUGAUGUUAGCUAUAACGUCUUUUCUGGUUCUUUCCCUCAAGCACUUUGUAUGUCCAACCGGCUUACCGAGCUAGAUCUCAGCCAUAACAUGUUCACUCAUGAAAUCCCCUUCUGGAUAGGUAAUUUCUCAUUGAAUCUUGAAAAACUUGAUUUGGGUUUCAACUCUUUUACCCGUGAUAUACCUAUCAGCUUGUAUUUCUCCACAUCACUCAAGUACCUGGAUUUGUCCCACAAUUAUUUGUCCGGCAAUAUUGGUGAUUUUCGUGCAUCAUUUGUCACUAUUAACCUCCAACACAAUCUCUUUUCUGGUACCCUCCCAUGUUUCUUCUCAUCUUUCCAAUCCCUCUCCGUGCUUAAUCUAGCAAAUAACUCCAUCGUUGGUGGAAUACCGUCUUGCAUUUCUGCCUGUCAUCAAUUGACACACCUAAACUUGUCCUUGAAUCAAUUGCAGUACGGGAUUUCCCCAAGAUUAGUUUUUUCCGACAAGUUAGUUGUUUUGGACUUGAGUUUCAAUAAAUUAGCAGGAUAUCUUCCUAGAAAUGUUGUCCAGACCCCUGACAAGUCCGGGCUUUUACUUGUCGAUUUGUCGCACAAUCAGUUCACCGGUGAUAUUCCUACAACAGUAACUGAAUUGAGAAGCUUGCAGGCUUUGUUUCUCUCCCAUAAUCUUCUCACAGGUGAGAUACCGGAGAGGAGGAACUUGACAUAUCUUCAAGUGAUAGAUCUGUCGCACAACAUGUUGACGGGCUCGAUUCCUUUGAACAUUGUUGGUUGUUUUCAGUUGCUAGCAUUGAAGCUGGACAAUAACAAUCUUUCUGGGGAAAUUCAACCAGAGCUUGAUGCGUUGGAUAGUUUGAGAAUAUUGUCUCUGAGCAACAAUGAAAUUUCUGGGGAGAUCCCUCUUACCUUGGCCGGAUGCAAGUCACUGGAAGUUGUUGAUCUGAGCUGUAAUAAACUAUCAGGUUCUUUGAGUGAUGCAAUAACCAAAUGGUCAAAUCUCAAGUUUCUCUCGCUUUCCCACAACAAGUUCUAUGGAGCUCUACCUAGUUGGCUGUUCACAUUUGAAGCUAUCCGAACAAUCGACCUAUCUAGCAACAAUUUCACGGGCAAGAUACCAGAUGGUUAUAACUUCAACGUUAGUUUGAAUUUUAACCGCGGAGAUGUUGGAAGAGGCCGAGAUUAUAAACAGCUAUCGUUUUCGUCUUUUACUGAUCUGGACUUGCAAGUUUCUGUCAUUAUUGGCGGUAGAAGUGAAUUGAGCUUCAAGUACGAGAUCUUGACCAUAAUCGGAAUUGAUAUAUCUAAUAACUUACUGCAUGGGGAAAUUCCGGCAGGACUAUUUGGAUUGCAAGGUUUGGAAUACCUAAAUUUGUCGGAUAAUUAUCUUGAAGGUAGAAUUCCGGUAAUUGUGGGGAAAAUGUGGAGUCUGAAGGUUCUAGAUUUGUCACAUAAUUCAUUUUCAGGUCAGAUACCAGAAAAUAUAUCAGGGCUUGGGAACUUGACAGUGUUGAAUCUAUCGUAUAACCGUCUAUCAGGGGUUAUACCUACAAGGCAGGGGUACUGGAGAUUUCCAGGGGCAUUUGCUGGAAAUCCAGGUUUGUGCUUGGAGUCAUCUGUUAGUGAUGGGUGUAAAGGACAAGAAGGGCUUCCAAAAUUGCGGGGAAACACAUUCUCGGAUGAAAAUGAGUCUAGUAGCUUUAUUUCAGUUUGGGUGUUCUGUGUAAGUGCUUUAGUUAGUUUUUAUGUAGGUGUCGUUGCGCUGUGUUGUUCUGCUCGAACCAGAAACUACAUUAUGCAGACUAAAUGUAAUAGAAAUUCUUUUUGACAAGUUAUGCAGAUAGAGAUAAAACAAAAUUGUCGAUCUGCCUUUUGUGAUUCCUUCAGGGUUUGGUUGAUGUUGCAAGUAAAAAAAUUCUUUGGAUCC